AUGAAUGGCUCAUGCACAGACACAUUCAUUCGACCGCAUCUAAGAAAGCUCGCUGCUUACACUCCCAUCGAGCCCUUUGAAGUCCUGUCAAAGCGGUUAGGCCGUGCGCCAGAAGACAUCAUCAAAUUGGAUGCCAAUGAGAACCCUUAUGGCCCUCCUCGGGAGGUCCUGGCAGCCCUUGGGGACAUGCCAUUCCCCAAUAUCUACCCAGAUCCUGAGACAAGGAGGUUGCGAUCUGCUCUUGCAGAAUUGAAUGACAUCCCCAUGGAACACUUGCUGGUUGGAUGUGGAGCGGAUGAACUCAUAGACCUGCUCAUGCGGUGUGUAUUGGACCCCGGAGACAGCAUUGUAGAUUGCCCGCCCACCUUCACCAUGUAUGCCUUUGACGCGGCGGUCAACGGAGCAAACGUCAUCACCGUCCCCCGGCUGGAUGGCUUCAGGAUAGAUGUCCCAGCGAUUGAGCGGGUAGUGCGGGAGCGGCGGCCGAAAAUGGUGUUCAUGACAUCGCCAAACAACCCGGACGGCUCCAUGAUCACAGAGGCCGACCUGCUGGCAGUCCUGGCGCUGCCUGUUCUGGUGGUGCUGGACGAGGCCUACAUAGAGUUUUCUGAGGAGGCCUCGCGCAUGCGCUGGGUGAUGGAGCGGCCUAAUCUGGUCGUGCUGCGCACCUUCAGCAAGAGUGCUGGGCUGGCGGGGCUGCGCGUCGGGUAUGGGGCGUUCCCUGCGGGCAUGAUCGACUACCUCUGGCGAGCCAAACAGCCCUACAACGUCUCGGUGGCCGCAGAGACUGCCGCCUGCGCUGCGCUGACCAACCCUCAGUACCUGCAGGAUGUCCGCGAUAAGCUGGUCGUAGAGAGGGAGCGCCUCUUUGGACUGCUGCAAGAUGUUCCCUUCCUGGAGCCAUAUCAGUCUUCAGCCAACUUCAUCCUGUGCAAGGUGGUUGGCGGGCAGGAUGCCAAGGCGGUGAAGGAUACACUUGCAUCAGAGCAUGGCAUCAUGGUACGCCACUAUGCCAAGGCGGAGCUGAGCGGCUUCAUUAGGAUCUCUGUGGGCCGGCCAGAGCACACAGAUGCCCUCAUAGCUGCUCUGCGGACCCUGGAGCAGCCCGUUGCUGCUGUUGUGGAGGAGGAGUGA